AUGUCAUUAACAAGUAAUAGAAUUGCAUUAUCUACAAUAUCAAAUAGUCACUUAAAUUCAAGUUCAAGUUCAUCAUCUUCACCGUCCGGUUCAUCAUCAAAUACAAAUUUAUCAAUUAAUUCAACUCCAAAAAAGAGGUUACUUGCCAGUGGAUCAACAUAUUCAAUACCAAAUAACAAUUUUAAGAAAAGACGACUUGAUUUCAAUAGCAAAUCAUUUUCAACGUCAACUUAUGUUAAAAAACAUAGUCCUUUAAGAUCAGUUAGCUUUUCUGAUUAUAGAACCACUUCAUCAACUAAAAAUUCACCAAAGCAAACACAAAAGCAAUUAACUAGAACUGAAUCUGCUGAAAUUGCAGCUAAUAAAUUGAGAGUUAGAUUACAAAUAGCAUUUUCUAAUGUAAAAUCAAAUCAACAAAAUAAAACUCCAAUUAAUCCAAUUAAGGCUCAUCAAACUUCAAAAUUAGAAUUACUAAUCAAAUCAUCAUCAACAGCAUUAAAAUCACCGCCAAGAUCAUGUAAAGGAUCACCAAAUACAACAAUCACGACUUUAAAUUAUGAUUUAGAUAAGAUUUCAAGUACAAAUAGCUUGCCUACUCCACCUGAACAACCACCAACUCAUAAAAUCUUAACAAAUUCAAUUAAUAUCAAUUUAAAGGGUAAAGAAUUAUUUAAAACUAAUGUUAAUUUAUCAAAAGUUGCAAAACUGAAACAAUCUCAAAUUAAACAACAAAAGGAAAAGAAAAAGGAGAAUAAAAAAUUACAAUUGUUGGAAAUUAAAAAAAAUUCAUCAUCUUAUGUUCCAAAUGUCAAAAAAUUACCUUUGGUAAAAAAUGAAGAUAAAAAAUCAUUGAAAUCUAUUUCAAAUUUGAGCAUUUUUAACCCAUUAAUAAGUAAUGAAUCAAUAUUGCCAUCAAUUUCAAAAACAAGUCCUUCAGAAUCUUAUCAGUUACCUCCUAUUGACAAAAUCUUAAGGACUCCAAUUAAAGAGUCUGAAAGGUAUUUAGGUCAUAUUAACAAAGAUAGUAAUAACAACAAUGAAACUACUGCAUCUAGAAUACAAACUACAGUAGAUGAUACAAUUGAAGAUGAUUCGACAGUUUUACAAAACUCAACAAUUGUAGAAAAUAGUACGAUUGAUCAAAAUGCAACAAUAAUUCAACAUGAUAAAGAAGAUAAAAAAGAUGAAGAUGAUGAUGAAGAGGAACAAGAAGCUUCAACAAUUUUCAAAAAGGAUAUACUUACAUCUUCACCAUUGAAUAACCAUCAUAACCACCAUGGUAAUCUUUAUUUUGGUACACCUAAUAGUUUUAGUAUUGCUAAAUCUUUGUUGCAAUUAGGUGGUCAUCGCAUGUAA